CACCACACCACUCCAAAGAACACACGCAAACAAAAGUGGGUUGUAUGGAUCCUGCUGCCAUGAAUCCAUUAUUAUUAGUGCAGGUGGAUGAUCUUUUUCUUCACAAACGUAAUCUGUUUGAUGAGAUGCGAAGGAGAAAGAUAAAUACCCCGAUAGCUCUCCAUAUAUGCUUGGUUAUGGUGUCAAUAAAAAGGGAGCUUAGUUAAAGGAUUUCAAUCUUGUUGUCUGUCCUCCUGGCGGCGUCGGCGCAGAACAGGUGUACUGCCUUGGUGUGCUCUUGCUAUGUACCAUCAAGGAAAUUUGUUGACAGAGGUGAAGAGAAGAAAGAUGGGUUGGUGGAUGGAGUGCGUAAUAAUGAAAUGCAAGACCAAGACGGGCGCAAUAUUAAUGGGGGUGACUGCAGCAGCGCUCAAGUGCUGAAUGCUCGUAAGAGUAAUCUCAAGAAAACAGAAAAAUCAUUAAUGGUGGAGGACAAUCCAUCAAAGCCAACAGAAAAGAGGAAAGUCAGUUGGUCUGAUGCUCAUGGCAAAGAUAUUGCCAAUGUUCAGGAGUUUGAACCCAGUGUGUCGGAAGAUGAAGAGCUUGAGGGAGUUAAGAACUCUUGCGUUUGUGCAAUUCAGUGAAAGGCAGACAAAACUCCCUAGCUGGAUGAUUUCUUCUUUCCAACGGGAUUGGACGACAUGACAAACCUGGGAUCCAAAUUGUGGGAUGUUGCCUAGCCUCGGAUCAAUGUAUGCAUUGUCCUACGCCAUUAAUGAUUUUGCUGUUUUCUUGAGAUUACUCUUAACGAGAAUUCAGCACUUGAGCGCUGCUGCAGCCACCACCAUGAAUAUUGCGCCCCUCUUGGUUUUGCAUUUCAUUAUUACACACUCCCUCCACCAACCCAUCUUUCUUCCCUCCACCCCCGCCAACAAAUUUCCUUGACGUUACCUAGCAGGUGAAUGUUGUACUCUUAAUGUUUUGCAAUGAAGCAAAAAGGAGAGC